AACUUACGCAAGUUGCUCAUGAUCCGUUGUUGCUAGCGUGGACAGAGAAUCUUUGGCGGUAUUCGCUAGCUAGUCGGGUUUUGAAGUCUGGAGAACUUUCAGAAUUAUUUUGUUUUCUCUUAUACUCAGCACAAUCCAGCUUCUUGGUUGUCUUUGACAGUUCUCAUCGCCAUCAAAAGUGAUUUUCCUGUUUAUCUCUCACACAACCCCGUCAUGCAGUCAAUUGAAACUUCCUCAAGCAUCGAUGCCCCCUUCAAGGCCAGUCCUGAAAGCUCACAAUACGACAUAGUAUGCGUGGGAUUCGGCCCAGCAGCUCUUGCAAUCGCGAUUGCAAUACAUGAGCGAGGAGCUUCGUUUGACAAAAGCGUCCUAUUCCUCGAACGUCAAGCAGAAUUCGGAUGGCACACCGGUAUGCUUCUUCCCGGAACGAAGAUGCAGAUCUCCUUCAUGAAGGACCUAGCUACGAUGCGCAAUCCUCAGUCCUACUUUACCUUUGUCAACUAUCUACAUAAGCAUAACCGACUUGCCAACUUCAUUAACUUAUCAACCCAAACGCCCUUCCGCGAAGAGUUCAAUGAUUACAUGAAGUGGUGCGCGUCUCAUUUCCGAGAUCAGGUGACAUACAACCAGGAGGUCUUGAAUGUGAGCCCUGGACAGCAGAAGGCACCUUCGCCUGAGUCAGCUAUUGAUUGUUUCUGGGUUACAUCACGGGACGUCCAAUCCGGUGAUGUGCAGCGAAUUUGUUCCAAACAUGUUAUUGUGGCAAAUGGGGGGGAAUAUUCCAUCCCAAAAGGAUUGAAGAGUCCAGAUUCCAGUGAUCGAAUUGUUCAUUCGUCUCAAUACCUGAAUCGAGUACCGCAACAAUUUAAAGAUGAGAAUGGAAAUUACAAUUUUGCAGUUGUAGGAGGAGGCCAGAGCGCGGUCGAGAUUUCCGAGGAUUUGCAGUCUCGAUAUCCAAAAUCUCGGGUUUCUCUUAUCUUUCGAGAUUCUGCUCUGAGGCCCAGUGAUGAUAGUCCAUUCGUGAAUGAAAUCUUCGAUCCCGCAAGCGUUGAUGAAUUCUACUCCCUCGACUCUGCUCAUCGAAAACAGACCCUGAAAAAGAACAAAGCCACCAACUACAGCGUCGUGAGACUACCCCUGAUCGAACACAUUUACGAAAAGAUAUACAGGCAACGACUCCUCAAACCCGAGCCUCGUGAUUGGACAUUGUCUAUUUACAACAACAGCGAAGUAUUUGGUGCUAAGAAGGCCAAAUCAGGCGAGGGAUUGAUCCUCCAAUUGAGAAAUACGAUAACAGAUGAAGUGAAAGUCUCCGAACAAGCCUACGAUCUAGUAGUUCUCGCCACCGGAUAUCAUAGGAGACCUUUCUCUGGAAUUCUGAAGGACUUGAAGCCACUUUUACUCUCUGAAUCAGAAGAUAAUGGGUCUCUUGUACAAAGAAAUUACCGUUUACUCUUCAAACCCGGCUCAGUGGUGCGUGAUGCUGCUAUAUGGCUGCAAGGGUCUUGUGAAACCACCCACGGAAUCAGCGAUACUCUUCUCUCUAUUCUUGCUGUUCGGGCGGACGAAUUGUUGGAUUCGAUAAACGCCAGUAGGAAGACGGUGGAGGUUAAAGCCCACCUAUAGGCAUACCGGUCUACUAGCUAUCUGAUUUUCCCCGGCGUUCGAAAUAUGAUUUUCUUUAGAUGCUUGUGGGUAAAAGUCUUAAUAGAAAUGAAGUGAGGCCUUUUAUAUCCAUCAGAUAGAAUCUAUUGCUAGGGAAGCCGCAUUAAAAAAGAUAUUGUAAUCUCCAAUCAAUAUGCCAGAUUGAACGUA